ACGGUCUUUCACAUCAUGCAAUAUUGGUCGGAAAUGAAAAGGCUUGGCCAAAGCGGAGCAGUUUUUUUCUCUGUGCACGUGUUGUUUUUCCUAGAUUUCAGCCACUUAACUAAAUCGAAGGCUCGACGACGUGUCCAGCAUUAGCCACAUUACGAAGUCAAACAUCAGUCUUCAAGUCUGGGCAUUCGUUGAAGUUUUGUCGCCUACUUUAGCCUAGCAUAGCCUAACUGGCCAACCGCUAACAAAGCUGCAAGGCACGUCGUCAAGCGUUCAGAAAUUAAGUGAGAAAUAUGUUCGCGAGAACUACACCGACUGCAGAAAAGUUCCAAGAGGAACUUUGUGGAGUGAAAGAGGAGCCCCCACGUCACCAAGAUUCGACUGUGUGCAAAAUAAUGCACGCAAAAGUUGUUCUUCGCAGACUUGAAGAUCUAUAUGUCAGCCAAGCCCAUCGUCUUGGGCACCAGGAGUCGGCAUGCAUCAAGGGGGAGGAGGAAGAGUCGCCAUACAUCAAAGAGGAAGAAUCCGUUCACAUUCAAGGUUUCAGAAAAUAUCUUGGUGCUGAGGAGGAGCCAGAAUCUCAUGAAGUUAAAGAGCAUAUUGAGCUUCCCCAAAUAAAAGAGGAGGAGCCAGAGCCCUGUCAACAGAACGAGAGAGAAGAUCAAAUUCAAAUCAAAAAGGAGGCGGAAGAGCUGCCUUCCGUUAAAGAGGAGGAAGGUAGCACCAGGUCGACUGGUGAGCCCUUGAAGAGUGAAGAUGGUCUGAGUGAGGCCAGCAGAGGUGCGCAGCCUGCAAGCAGCAGCAGCAUCUCAACAGAAGGAUUGCAAGCAGACAUUUUCAUCGCUCCGUCAGACAGAAAUGGCGCCACGUCACACUUGCCUGACAAUGAUGAUGGUCAUAACAAAUCUCACGGUGACGAAAAACUUUGCAAAUGCUCUCAGUGUGGGAAAAUCUUUGCUAAUAAGAAAACUUUUUGUAUGCAAAUGAGAAGCCACACUGGUAAAAAACCUUUUCUCUGCUCAGUGUGUGGUCAAGGACUCACCCGAAAGCAAAACUUACAAAGUCACAACGAAACCCACACUGGCAAAACUUUUUCCUGCUCUGUUUGUGGUCAAAGAUUCAGUCACAAGAUCACCUUAAGACGACACACAAGAACCCACACUGGCGAAAAACCUUUUGUCUGCUCAUUUUGUGGUCAAAGAUUCAGACACCAGAGCAACUUAAAAAUACACACAAGAAACCACACUGGCGAAAAACCUUUUUCCUGCUCUGUUUGUGGUCAGGGAUUCAGACACGGGAGCAACUUAAAAAUACACUCAAGAACCCACACUGGUGAAAAACCUUUUUCCUGCUCAGUUUGUGAUCAAAGGUUCUCUCAGAAGCAAAACUUAAAAACUCACGAAAGAACCCACACUGGUGAAAAACCUUUUUCCUGCUCGGUUUGUGGUCAAAGAUUCAGUCAUAAGAUCAACUUAAAACGACACACAAGAACCCACACUGGCGAAAAAUAUUUGGCCUUUGGGUUCUCGCCCCCCGAUCGCGAACCGCCCCGUCUUGUUGAGGAAAAGAAAAUCGGCCCAUCUCAGUCCGGAAAUGCAAACGACACUUAGCGGUGGAUCACUCGGCUCGUGCGUCGAUGAAAAAGCAGCUAGCUGCGAAACUAAUGUGAAUUGCUGCACACUUUGAUCAUCGACACUUUGUUUGUUUGUGGUAACGGAUUCGCUCAAAAGCAAAACUUAGAAAGGCACGAAAGAACCCACUCUGGCGAAAAACCUUUUUCCUGCUCAGGAAAGAGAUUCAGUCAGAAGAGCAACUUAAAGUGCAUGUGACACGAAAAAGCAUGUUUAUUUCAUAAUACACGUGGUACUUUAUGCUCCUGAAUGAUAUGGACCGCUUGGAUGUGUGUGGAAGCGAUCGCUGUAUUUACUGUAUUUAGUUUUUUUAAUCCCGCGCCAUGAAAAUGAGUGACUUCCGGCUUCGGUCUAGCAUUGAGGAGGAGGGCGCUGUGACGUGUACGGUAGAAGACGUCCUCUUCACUAUACAGCGUACUGUUGUGUAUGAGGACGAAGAAUUCAGCUGAUUUUGCGGAUUAAUACGUUUAUUUUUCGCAUCACGCCAGCCAAACGGCUGCAGAAAAAUCAUUCUGUAUGAGGGAGAGGCGUAUGCGCCUUUUUGGAGUUUCAAAAGGUUCCCAUUCACUGUGGAUAUUUACUGUGGGACCAUUGGACAUCUUGUUUUGUAUUAUGUCAAAUACGAAUACAGCGAUUACAAAGUAAACACUACAAACUUUCUUUAAAUAAAGGACUACUUGCGUUUGAUCAUUGAUAGGCAUGUAAAAAGCUGUCCUCAUGCACAUUAGCAGCAUGUUAGCUGCACAACAACUGCAGCCACUCCUCCGGGGAACGAACUGUAAAUUGCUCUCCGCCGGGCGGUUUGCCGAUCCGCAAAGACAAUCGACAACCCAGGCGUCAUGUUAAUAAAUCCAGGCUAGUUAUGUGUGAUUUUCCGCUUCGAAGACUUUGAAACAUCACUCGGUUCGGGUUAGCAUGUCGGCUAGCUGUCAUGCCUUUUGGUUUUACAUUCACCGAAGCUGGGGAAGGGAAAUGACAUAUGUCCGAUUUAGGUGUCAUAAAAUAUCGUUCGGGAGGUGCGACAGUAAAGGUGAAGUCAGUUUUGACCAUUAUGGAGUAAUUUUGCCAUGUCGUCCUGAAUUGAUGCAUUUUUAUUAUUUCAUAUUCCAUUUAGCACAAGACUGUUAUUUGUCAUGACCAUGCCAUUUAUUUAGCAAUUAGGGAAAUUACUUGGAUAAAAAGAAUAUCCUGUAAAAAUUUUGAAGUAAAGAGACAGAAACAAUGACAUUUUGCAGCUCUCUUCGUCACGUUUUCCUCGUUGUGAAUAGUUCCCCCUCGACGGGCUGACUGGUCCUUCUCAAGCCAUUUAUAUAGCUAUUAGGGAAAAAUACUUUGAUAAAAAAAUAUCCUGUAAAAAUAUUGGAGUAGAGAGACUGAAACAAUGACAUUUUGCGGCUCUCUUCGUCGUGUUUUCCUCGUUCUGAAUAAUUACCCCUCAAUGGGCUGAAUAGUAAAACCAAUGAGCCCAGUCUACCGCUGACGUCAUCCACCUGUUGGGGACACUAAAGCCCUAUAAUGGUAGGCGUGGCUAACCGGCAGAUUAAAAGACUAAUUUCUCGUCAUCUGCGCUUUGCUAAAUUGUUGUAUAUAGUCGAAUUGUCUCAAAAUAUGAUUCUAAUUCACGUAAUAGUGCCAUUUAAGACUUUUUUUUUCUCCUGUCAUAUGCUCUUUAAAAAUACACGCAAGAAUCCACACUGUUGAAAAACCUUUUUCCUGCUCAAUUUGUCAUCAACGAUUCGGUCGGAAGGAUCGGGUAAAGAGACGUGUGUGUUGAUGUGAGAAGCAGUGGUCAAUGUAUAUUUUGCCUGUCAUCCGUGCUGGCUUCAUCAGAUUUUGCACGCAGGAUGAUUGUAUUCUGUAGAGCUUCCUUAAAUCUUGUUGAGGAUUGGCACUUUUGGUGCGUUACUUUGUCCAGUCGUUGUAAGAUGUGAAUCCACCCUAUUGCCAAAACCUCAACUGUUUGAACUCUCAAGUCAAGUGGCAAUAUUAAUAUAAUACUCUCCUUCUUUCUAACUACACUUUUGAUAUUUAAUACUUGAAAUCGCAGACCCCAAAUCCAAAGAUUCAAAAUCAAUAAUUUCAUUAAAUAUUAAAAAUUAGGAUAUACAGUGGUACCUCUACAUACGAAGUUAAUUCGUUCCAUGACCUUGUUUGUAAAUCGAAAUGGUCAUAUGUCGAGCAGGAUUUACCCCAUAAGAUUACAUUAUAAUUCCAUUAAUUCGUUCCUGAGUCCGAAAACCUACACUAAAUCCCUUAGAAAUACUGCUUUUACUAUUCCAAACAGCAAUCACGCAGGGCAAAACAAAUAAAUUAUGACUACAAAUUGGAAUAAAUGUAGGAAUAAUAACACUUGUAACAAUGUAACAAAUUGGGUUCUAAUGUGGCGAAUGUGUUUGCGUGACGUACCUGAAAGCAUUGCAUGGCUGACUUGACAGAAAGCCUUUUUACUUUCACUUUGUUUACUUGCUGCGGGGACACUAGGCGUGUUGUGUUGCACGGAAUAAAUGAUUAGAAACCUGACGAAGCUGGUGAUUUAUUUGGCAAUAAUACUACAAUAAUAAUUGUCACCUUAACUUAUAAAGACUAGCGGACGAGAUCAUAGACCGUCUACGGCCGUAUUGUUGAGCCAUAUUAAGGAUGCAUACCCCACGCUCAUAUUUUUCUAUCAUAUACACCUUCAUUUCAACGGUAAGCCUCACCUUUUUCCUUUAUUCACCACCUGCACUAAUAUUGUUGGAACCCAUGUUGAUUUCUGUCACAAGAAAAUCUGCCGUGUGUCCAUCUUGCCGGAAAACAAACUGCGGUGCUGUCGUAGAUCGUCAUCGUCAUAGAUCAUCUACUGUUUUUUACUGUGUAUCAUAUUGUCUCUGCAAAGCCCUUUGAGACAACCUUGUUGUGAUAUAGGGCAAUACAAAUAAAAUUGAAUUGAAUAGAUUGUCGUGUUUAGAACAUGUCGUUGGAUGUAGAAACAUGGCGAGUCAAAUUUUACGUCGGGUGUCAAAAAGACCGUAUGUCGAGUUACCACUGUAUUGUUCAUUAUUGCGAAAAUAAUAAAGUAAAAAAAUACAGAGUAUGAGGGGAAAAGGCGUGUUGGGAAGAAAAAAAUGUUUUGGUAUAUCAUUACUAUUAAAAACAAAUACUGAAAUAAAACAUUUGUGUAUUUAAAUUUAACGAUUAAAUAUGUGAUGAAAAUGUUUUUUUUUGUUAAUAGCAUGGUCACCACUUGACACCUUGCUUGCGACAAGGGUCACGUUGAAUCAUGCACUAUUGGAACAGAAAAGUUAACUUUUGACAGAGGAGGCGUUACCAUGGCCAUUUUUUCUUCUUUGCCAAAACGGUAAAAUUUUUAAAAAUUCAAUUCAAGGUCAAAAAUGAAGAUGAUUAUGAUGAUAGUUCUAUAAUAGUGCCCAAUGAGGAAAAGUUAGCUGCAGAUUUAGACUGUAAAGUCCACAAAGGAAAUUUACCUUUGGUGUCUUCAAAUAUGUUUUGUAGCUAUAAUUUUUGUUGCUGCUGCUGUUGAGCUUCCGCCGUGCAGAGCGCCGUUGGUUAUUCGUGUGCAAUUUAUUUUAUUGUUGUGAAAAGUGGCUGUUAAACCGAGGCUUUUUGGACAUCUUGGUUUUCAAAUGUGUUCGUGUGUCAUUGCGCCGUCUAGCUGCGGGGAUUUGCAUUAUCAUACACGGGCACUUUUAUUUCCAAUACCAGAAUUCCACACACACAGUAGGUGAAGUAGAACGUGUCUUUGUAGUAACCUAGUACGUAAACUAUCCGGCAUGCGUGUGUACGGCUAUCGUGCACGCCUUGUAUGGAGAAACAUACAAAUUUGGACCGAAACGGCUGUUUUUGGAUGGGAAAAAAUAAAAAGGAUCCUCAGCUUCCAUCGCUCCUGUAGCAGCCCCCGUCAUUGAAAAUCCCUUGUCUCUGCUUCGAACUUUAAAGUGCUUGUACAUAACCGCCCUUGUUUAUUUUUAUUCAUAAUUAAUGCCUUGUUUUUACUCAGUCCAAUACAUUUAAAUGUACUUUUCAUGUUAUGGUAUAUAGUUGUAUGAGCCAUAUUCCUAAUGUGUUAUUAUUUGUAAUUUUACUCCUUGCCACUAGAGGCUGUCAAUCGUGUCUCUCCACUGACCUGGAGUCAGCCCCGGUAGGCUUAAAAUGACAGCUAAUUAUGACACAGGUGUUGGUAGUUAGGAGGACAAAACGGUUUUUGAGUUUUUUCAACUGUUCCAUUGUGGAUGCAUUUUUCUUUUAUCUUUUGGUUUGUUAUUUCAUUUGAAUAAUGUGCUUUUGAGUUAAGUUUUGAGACGCCACCAAAAUAAACUAUUGGAGAAGAGAAAUGGACUCUGGGUGUAUGCUUCGCUUCUUCAACUGCUCUGGGCGCAUGUCAUAACAAACUCCUCACUAUCAUCCAAUACUUGACUGGGUACAGGGCUUAGUCAGUACAACAGUUAUUAACCAUUUGUAUUUUAAUGGUAACACAUUAGCAGCCAA